AUGGCCAAGUCACGAUUUUUGCACACCAUGCGAACGCGACGCAGCCGGCCUGUGGCUGAGCUAGCUGACGCCCUGGAUUGUGACGUUGGCAAUUUGCAGAGCCGGAAGGACAGGGCGGCUUUGUACCAACCUAAAAGCCUGGAUGAUAAGACCCGCGAGCAUGUUCAACGCGCAGUGAGGAUUCGCAAGGCGCUGCCAGCCUUCAAAGUGGAUCGACGGACUGAGAAGAAACCCCUCGCACCUUCGGUUCAGAAAUCAGCCUUUAAAGAUUGGUUGGGUUCGGAGGAGGGAAAGCAGUGGGCCAGUGACAGGGCUCGGAUUUGGGCACCGCCCGAGCUUGGCGCAGAGGAUGAUGCUUCAUGA